UGAACUUUAUUAAUGUCUUGGAAUUAUUAAAGCCCCUCUACUUUAAACAUAUAUUCUAGUAUAUUUGAUUUAAUCUUCAAAGUUACCUACGGGAAUUGCAGGCCUCAUGUUACGUUGCGGCUCAUUUUUGCUCUCGGAGUUCAGCCGGGGUUCAAGGGGGUUUGUAUUUGUAACUGACCUUGAACUCCCUCACCCCCCUCAUUAAAACAAAACUCAACUAAAUCUGAUUUAACUCACAUGACUCCCAUUUGCAUCUUUUCUUCCUCCCCCUGUCAUGUCUACUUGGGAAUGUGUUUUCUCUGGUAGUGCUGGAGUCAGCAGGACAAUCUAAGUCUUAUCUUUACAUUCACUGGUAUUGUAGGUAACUGUGUCCACAUACACUUUUAUUUGACAGCCAUAAACAAAAAGGCCAUUGAUAGCAGGUCAACUCAGGGGACAGGAUGUCAAAUGUUAAUACCCAGUUUAAGUACAAAUUCAUCCUAACCCCAACCAUCUUUUGUCAGGGGUAUAAAUGUGUUCAAAUUCAAUAUAUCGCAUUGAAAAGCAGACAGAAAUCCAAUCUAACCUGCAAUCGUAACACUAAAUUGCUUAAACUCAGACUUCAAGUUCAAACAACACAACAACAACAGAUAUUCCCACGGGUUUCAUUGAAAACAAACACCACAUCCCCAUCUUCAAAAUGUUAUUGUUGAAAGACUGGAGUUACGAGGCCAAAACGAGAUGUCAAAGAUCACAAAUAUGCUUUGGAAUCUGCAAAUGACUGUAAUCACGAGGCUGUGAAAUUUAGCUGCAGCAUUACCUCGUCUACAUUGGUCUGCUCCUCAAAGAAAAAUGAUAGUGUGAAGAGUCGGCUCACUAAGCCGCCGAAAGCUCAACAGUAACCACAGGGCUGUAUUUUGCCACUCUCUACGUGUAUGUGGUAUCAUGCAAGUUUUUUUUUCUUACACUUCUCUCUCUUUAGGCGACAGUGUGACGAAACAAAAGCCCACCCACUCUAAAAUGUUGAAAAGAAAUACGAAAGCAAACACGAGUGUCUGUAUCUGUGUUGACUGGUGCUUGGGGGGUAAAAGCUGAAGACAUUUGGAUCAUGACGACAGAAAGAAACAGCAAAGCCCUGAAGGUGAAGCAGGAAUGUGGCGAGAACGUGCCCUUCCUCUCAGACAGUGAGCUCAUGUCCCUCACGGUACGAGAGCUGAACCUCCACCUGCGCGGCAUGUCCCGCGAGGAGAUCCAGAAGCUGAAGCAGCGGCGUCGCACCUUGAAGAACCGGGGCUACGCCGCCAGUUGCCGGGUCAAACGGGUUUCCCAGCGCGAGGCCCUGGAGCAGCAGAAAAUGGAGCUUCAGAGGGAGGUGGAUAGGCUCGGCGCAGAGAACGCCGGUAUGAGGAAAGAGCUGGAGGGCCUCGGUGCGCGCCUGGCUGCUCUCCAGAGAUUCGCCAGAGGUCUGGAGGCCGGAGGGGGCAACCUGCUGGCCACGGCACCGCGCCUCAACACCGCCUCCGUCAUCACCAUCGUUAAGAGUCCACCACAGCCUCAGCAACAGAGAGAACACGAGCCGUCCUAGAAGGAGCUGCUGGGAACAGACUUGGGGAGGGAUGCACAACCUGCAAUGCAAACACACACUCAUUCUCACACAUGCAUACACCUGCAGGCAUACGUGUACUAUACACAUGCUAAACAAUAGGAAGACAAAUAGGAAAAUUGCUAAAUGCUUGUUUGCGUUGAGCCCCGUUACAUUACGAAGUGCAUCAUUCAGAGCUGCGUGUGACACCAUCAAAACGACAACAGCUACUUUUAGUUUUCUAAAGCCACAGCUGAGAAUUCAUCCAGGACAAGUGGAGGGGUCCUCUACUUCAUGCUAUUUUUUUAUAAUGCUAUAGCUUAGCCGACUGAAAUUUACUCAAGUAGCUUUGUUGAGAAACUCAAGAGCUCAGUUUUGUUCAGAACAAGGCAGCAGGUGUAAUGUGAGCGAGGCGUCGAGCACAGACGCGUGCACGUAUGCACAGGAUCCUCACAACUCGAAACCGUCGACUGACCGGACUCACUGGACUGAAGCCGAACAACCCAAACCAGAGUUACUGUACAUCUCUCACCACUCAGCAAAAAAACCACCAGGGUGGAGCUGACGUAUGCCAUGCGCUGCUUCCUCCAGCUUGACAAACGUCUACAUUCCUGGUACAGUUGUAGUCUGAAGCUAGUUAGUGUUUUCUCACAAGCAGCCCAGGGUCAUGUGUUUCUGUUAGCAUGCAAGAGAAUGUCUCACAGUAUGAAUCACUUGGUCAUUAACGCAGAGUUUCUCAACCUCCGCGUCAUCUGAUAUCCAGGCAGGGGCCACGGGGGAUUCCCCAGACUCCACACUCACAUUCUGACAUUUCCUUCAUUCUUUAAAAAAAAAAAAAUACAGCAGUAUGCCACCCAACAGCCUUCUUAGAUGAGGCCAUGAGGAUUUUGGAAUUUAAAAGGUUUGACACACUCCAGAAAAACGGUUGAGAAACGCUGUGUUCAUGAAUUCAAAACUGUACAUGAAGUGAAAUGUCUUAAUUUUGGGUUUGUCAGUCUCCCUUCCUGUUCUUGCCCUUGGUUUGAGGAGAAAGUUUCAUACUACUUGUGUUCACACUUCCCACAUUACUGCAGUGCCUUCAGUGUAUGUCGGAGUUAUGAGAAUGG